CCAUAACUCUUAACAAAGCCCCCUCAAACAUUUCUAUAAGUAUAUCACCCUCAUGACCACUGAUCAUAUCCCAUACAAUCCCAAAGUGUACACGUAUUUUCGAAAAACCCCAAAUGAUUCUUGCAAUGUUAGCCCUUGUAAUAGCCACCGUUCUAUACGGUGGAGCCACCACGGUCCAAGCCGGAUGUAAUGACGCUCUGACCAGCCUUUCCCCUUGCCUCAAUUACCUCAACGGUGGCUCAACGUCACCUUCUUCGAAUUGUUGUAGUCAAUUUUCCACGGUGGUUCAAUCUUCACCGGAAUGUUUGUGCUAUGUGGUUAAUAGCAAUGAAAGCUCAUUUUCAGGGUUCAAAUUUAACCGGACUUUGGCUCUCAAUCUCCCUACCGCUUGCAAUGUUCAAACUCCAUCACCUAGCCAGUGUAACACAGGAAGUAACAGACCAAGCACGUCUCCGGCGAAUACUCCUGUAGGUUCACCUCAAAGUGCUCCUUCACCGUCAGGAUCGAAGAAGUUUCCAUGGAGUAGUAAUGAAAGCUCGUCCAAAAGAAAUGUGAUCGUUUUGUCUUUAGUAUCCAUUGCUCUGGUCCUCGCUAAAAUAUGAAUUUCAAUCUUCUUUUUAUUCUACUUUUAAACAAUUUAUGUCUCCAUGUAGUGCUUCCUCAAUGUAUUUUUAUUAAAUUAAAUAUAUUAGUUUUGAGUUUUUGACAUAAAA